AUGGUAGUUUGGCUUACCAAAAGACUUGGACUAGCUCCGCCACUCGCGAAGCUGGUACAUCUCCACGGCUUUAGUGACCACAUCAACACCUACUAUGAUUUGUUUCCAACCCUUGCAAGGCAGAGGAUUCUGUGCACAGGAAUUGACCAGCGUGGAUGGGGCCGAUCAGUGCAUAAUAGGAGAGACCGCGGUAACACAGGCCCAACCUCUCUCAUCCUCGAGGAUAUUGUGUGCUUCAUUGAGGCACAACUGGCUUCGCCACCUGCUGUGCCUCUUUUCGUUAUGGGUCCCUCUAUGGGUGGUGGGCUACUUGCAACAUUGGCCUCGAUACCGAAGUACGAGAGCCUGGUCUCCCGAAUUAGAGGCAUCAUGCUGGAAGCGCCAUACAUUGACCUGUUCCCUAAUAGGAGACCAUGGAACAUAACCGCAGUGCAAAACGCGAUUAGCAAUGAUCGAUUCAUGUAUCCUAUUGGGAGGCUUGAGAUGCUGAUAAAUAUGUUAGAAAGAGCCGCCGACCUAUCUUCAGGGAAAUCGAGGCUCAGUAACCAUGUGAAGGCCCUUGACGUCGCACACGGCACUGCCGAUCGGCUCACCAGCUACAAUGCUACCAAACAAUGGGUUGAGAGCCAAACAAACACGAUCAAGAAGAGGGAAUCCAAAAAAUACGACGGAUGGAGUCAUCUGUUGCAUGUGGAUAUGCCGGAAAAUAGGGAAAUAUUUGCGGAUGACUGUGCCUCUUGA